CUACUACUUCCGGGUCAGCUUCGCUCCAUGCAAUGACAUUGUAACCAAAUAUUUACGAAAGUCAAAUACGGGGUGUGUGUCUGUGCACGUUUUUUGCUAUUCAUGCUAUGAAUUUGUACCAGACAUUUACGAAAUCUAUACGGGGAGUGUGUCUGUGCCAGUUGUUGCUAUAUACAUGCUCUGAAAGACAAAGUUGACCGACAUAGUUUUACAAUAUGACACCAAUGUCUACGGGAUUCACAGAUGAGCGACAGGGCGAAGCACAGAGUCCUGUAGGAAUGGAUUAUAUCCCCACAGAAGAUGAGAGGAGAGUCUUCAGAGAAUGCAACCAGGAGAGUUUCUGGUACAGAUCCGUGCCUUUCUCAGUGGUCAGCAUGCUUGUCACUCAAGGCCUCAUCCAUAGAGGAGCUCUGACGUUGUCGUCCAGGUUUGGAUCUCUCCCUAAAGUGGCCUUUGCAGGGCUGUGUGGCUACCUGGCAGGGAAGAUGUCGUACAUGAAACAUUGUCAGGAGAAGUUCAAGAGGCUGGAGCACUCCCCUCUGGGAGAAGCACUGAGACAGAGGACCAGACCCAACGCACAGUCGUCUCAGGGCCCCCAGUCAGAGAUGAGUGACCCCGACCAGGUGACCUUUGACCCCAUGUUCCAGGCCUCUGACCCCCAGAGCCAGGUCCCACCCAACGCCAGAGACUAUGGAUACAGUGACGCCCCCACCGCGGCACAGACCAGCCGCACCGCUGCAGACAUCGACUACAACAUGCCAGCCCAGUCGUUCCUGGAUGACGAGGAGCCCAGGAGGAAGCCAAUCAUGUACGAGGACCUAAGGAACAAGAACCGAGAAACCUAUGAGGUCACGCUUACCCAGAAGGCUGAGACGCUGCUCAAACCAGAGUCUGACCGGCCAGGGAGGACCGCCCCCAAGAAGGACUCAGGGAAGAAGAACGUCUACGGAGACAGCUUGGAGGAGUGAGUCUCUCCAUCUGUUAUCACUGACAGUGCUGAUUGGACUACAAUACCCACAACCCCCUUGUGGUUGCUUUGCUAUUAUUUACGUCUCAAUUUAUGAAUGUAUGGGAUAAUCUCAAUUGCAUUUCCUUGAUUCCUUGCGUCCUCUCUCCUCAAAACCCAUUGGAUGAGGAGGUCAGGAGGUCAGCAGGUAGCCUAGUGGUUAAAAGCGUUGGGCCAGUAACCAAAAGGUUGCUGGUUCAAAUCACCGAACCAACUAGGUGAGAAAAAUAAAAAAAAUCAGUCGACGUGCCCUUGAGCAAGGCAAUUAACCACAAUUGCUCCUGUAAAUUGCUCUCGAUAAGCGUCUGCUAAAUUACUUAAAUAUAUUUUUUAAAUUAGGGCCUCCCCCCUCCUUGCUAGGAAUCAAGGAAAUGAGAUUCUCCCAUUUGUCUGUCUGAUUCUGUCUUUUGAAAACAUGUCAAUAAACCCAAUUGGUUUUGAAAUUGCA